AUGGAGCAAAUAUUCAUAUGCACGAAACAAAUCAAUCCAGUGAAAGCAAAACUAAUGAAUAGUAACGUAAUAAUUACGGUUGAAAUACGUACAUGUACUAAAUUCUCUUGUCGUUUGCACUUUGCAACAAAACGAUUGGUGAUCAACGAUGAUAAUGAUGAUGGCUCGGAUGAUGACGAUGAUGAUGAUGAUGAUGAUGAUGAUGAUGAUGAUGAUGAUGAUGAUGAUGAUGAUGAUGAUGAUUCGGAUGAUGAUUCGGAUGAUGACUCGGAUGAUGACUCGGAUGAUGAUGAUGAUGACUUGGAUGAUGAUGAUGAUGAUGAUGAUGAUACAGUAUGA